UUUGUGGCUUUAAAAAUUUAAAACAACAAUCUGAAAAGUGUGGUGUGCUUUAUUGGGUCAGAACUCUGGAUCACCUACUCUCACUGACAGGAGGGAUGGAACAUCAGCUUUGACUAGGCCAUUCUGCUGACCGGCCCAUAACCUCCACCAGUCUCAGGUGGACACAAACUGGACUCAGAGACAUGGAGGAAAUGAGGGACAGUGGACAGGAUGAAGACUCUAAAAAACAGGGACCUCACAGGCUUUUAUUUUGAAAGGUCUUUCCGUCAUGUAUUUGUGUACACUUGAUAUUCAGAAAACAGAAGAAAGCAGCUACUGUACACACUCUCUCUCUCUCACACACACACACACACACACACACACACACACACUCCCCCCUGCAGUGUUGGAGCUGCUGCAGAUUCUCUGCAUCGUCAGAAACCAGAGAGGAGCUGAGAUCCUCCGUCUGCUGCUUUUCUCCACAUUUACUUCAGUUUCCAGACCCGCUGCUGGAGCCGAACCUGUCGGAACCACCCGGACUCACCCGAACCUGCCGGACCCACUGGACCCCCUGCAGAGACACAAUGAGCCUCACCCUGCUGCUGGCUGUGGAGUGAACCAGGUGAGCCUCCAGAGAACGAUUUCUGCCUUCAGCUCCUCCUCACCAGACCACUUGACCAGUCCGAUGGCCACCAGUCCCAGUGGCGCCCCAGAAACCUGCAUGGCGGCCCGGCAGCAGCCGGAGGAGCCAACGAGCUCACAGCCAGACGGAGAGGCCGCCCCUCAGCCCGCCGCUGAAGAACAGCAAACAUCAGACGCUCCAGAGGGCCGAUCAAUAGAAAGAGAGAAAUCAGUCGACCACCUGACAGUAAUCAGUGAGAUCACAGAGACCAGUAACGGCGUCGCUCCUGUCAUGGCUGAAACGUCCCCCACAGUGUCCUCUGUGUCGCCCAAGUUUCACGCUAAGCCAGGCAGCCACAUUAAUGGUCGGCCUUGCUUGGGCAGCCGGUCCUGUUCGUUGGCGGCGGGCUCACCGAGACCCUCGCUCACACGCCAGCCCAGUGCCAUCACAGAGGUCACUGGGGACGGAUCGAAACCCAGGGACUACCUGAUCCUGGCCAUCCUGUCCUGCUUCUGCCCCUUGGUGCCCAUCAACAUCGUAGCCCUCACUUUCUCCGUGAUGUCUCGGAACAGUCUGCAGCAGGGCAACGUGGACGGAGCCCGCCGUUUGGGUCGCAACGCCUUGGUGCUGUCCGUCGUCUCCAUUUUAGGGGGAAUCGCUAUCAUCGCUGCAGCCGUCGCCUUCAACUGGGGACGGAUUUUAAAAUCCUGAUGACAUCUUCAGGACCAGAUCCAGACCAACGCAGCACUGUCUAGUCUCUGAAGCACUAUUGUUCCCAUCCACCUUCACCAGAUGGAAAAACUAUCGUACUUCUGUUCCAGCUUGUGGUUUUAUUUCUGCACGAUGAUGAGCAUGACCUGCCUGACGCUCUACCUCCAACACAACCAGCCAAUUCUGUCCCAACGCUGACCGACGGAUCCCUCUGUGGUUCCAGCUUCGCUCCCGAUCCAACGCUCUUCUCUCCCACCACCCUGGAAUCAGACGUUUGUCUCUGUGGAAGACGGAUUAUUGGUGUUGAAACAAACUGCUGGAUCUCAUGUUCUGAUGCCAAAAUGGUCUAAGCUGUUGUAAAACUGAGAGAUGCUGCUGCUAUGAAACUUUGAACUGGGGAUGGAUCAAGACUUUUACUGUGAAGGCAGGAAAGAAACGGACAACAAACUUUUGUCCGUUUGUUGACAAACGGACAAAAGUUUUUCCACCUUUCUCUGACCCAAACAUCAGGUUUCCUUCAGCCACUGCGUCCAGAACCGACUCAUGAUUCUGUUCUGGACUUCCAUCGGUUUCAUUAUCAGAGUCCAUGUUAAAUCAGAAGCACCUCUAAGUUUACAGCCAGUCAGAGGAAAUCAAAACUUCCCCAUAAAAUCAGCUGAAUUUAAGACUUCAGUGAGCUUCUUGUCACUGGAGUUCAGAGGUCCUGACAUCUGGACUCGGCCUUCAGGCUCCCUCAAGCUUCAUCAAACCUGAACAUUCGACGCACAGCCUGCAGCUGCAGCUCGUUCAUAGUCACACACACCUGAGGAAAACCCUCCCGCUUCAGUAAACCUCAUGAGGUCAUGAUGAGGUACGUGGGAUCCUUCAGCGAGGAGGAGCUGCUGCACCAGGAAGACCAGGAGUCCCAGGUCCGUCCUCCAGGGCCCGGCGUCCUGCACCUGUGAGCUCUUUCCCUGGUCCAACACACCUGGAUGGUUCAUCAGCAGAACCUCUGCAGAACUUUGUCAUGCCAGGAUGUUGAACCGGGGACAGAAGUAAAACAUGCAGGAAACCGGACCAGCAGGACCGGCUCUGCUGUGGAGGAGAGGAAGAGGAAGGUUCUUCAUCAGUAAUCAGAAACGUUCAGCUGGAUUGAAGCUGGAAAGUUUGACUGAUUCCUGCGAAAGCAGCAGAUGUCAGAUGGUGAAGCUGAGAAAACCCGAGAAGGCCUGGUGUCCUGACGUCGGACCUCAGGUUCACUCCAGUCUGACCGGUGAAGGUCGACCUCUGAAACCGAUCCCGGGUCAGCCCCUCAGCCAUUCUUAAUGAUCCUGUCUGACCGCAGCGUCUCCGCUUACUGGACCUGAACCGAUGACUCGGAUCACAUUAUUCCCCGUCAUUCCCGGGACUUCUAUUCAUCUGGGAGCUUAGGUUACGUUUACUCGGCAUCUCCGGCUCUCUGGGCCUUUCUGAGGGGGAUCAGAGUGGAUCGGGUUCUGCUCCCAGAGUUGAGCUUCAUCUCAGAAACUCUGAGCCGUUUCCUCUUCCUGCAGGAACUCAAGGCUAACUGGAGUUUCAGGCCCAGAUGAGUCAGAACCAGCUCAGUCCGAACCCUUCCUUUAUGGUUUUCAUUUACAUUUGCAUCACAAUUUAGUAAAACAAUUCUAUAAAAUUUAAAGUUUCUAUUUGAUCAGCUCCAACUCCCCAAUAAAAAGUUUAAAGUUUAUUCUACAGCCGCCAGAGAAAAUGAACCGUUUCCAACUCCAGUUCCACUUUAUGAGGAUUUUUAAUCCAAAUAAUUGCUAUAAAUCAAAACCAGUAAAAAUUGAACAAAGCAUAGAAAUUGGCAGGGAGAGCUGGUAAAUUAGAUUUCUGGACCUGAAGCAGGAAGUUCAUAUCAGUGGUGGCAACACUUAUGCUAAUGUGCUAACAGCACAGCUAAGUGUUUGUUUAGCACUUUAGCGGUUUUCUAGAUUUGAACAGACUGACACGCUGUAGCUGCGCUAAUGUUCAUGAUUCGUGUUUUAGGAUUAGCGCUACAAACAUUUUAGCUAGCGUUGGUGACCAGUAGGCGGGACGGAUCCCAGGAACGGUGGACUGAGCUCAGCCUGACGUCUGGGUCCUUUCAGGCUCAUCUCCAGUUUUUCUCCCAUUCUGCUCCCAGCUGUUAGCGCUUCCUCUGAAAUGUUCUGAUGAUGCUGCAGCCCUGCAGGGCUUCUGGUGCCAAACUCUGUCUGUUCAUGUAAUAAUUCUGCAUGAUCACUACUGUGAAUUAUUCUUGCACACCAACGUUGCCAUGUUGCUAAUGGACUCCUGUUUGGACUAAGCCCAGAUGAACUUCGCUGUAACAGAACCAGAAUCUCGUAUCACCUGUGCAUGUUUACCGUAUUACUGAAUGCUUUACAUUGAACUGUAGCUUCACUCAGCAGCAGAGCCACCUGAGAAACUCUGUAAGUACCUGCGGUGUCCUGCUGGCUGAGCUCAGGUUGUUCUGUUCAACAUGAAAUCGGCUUCUGGUUACUUUGCUCCUUCUCAGCUUCUUGAUUUGUGCAACAGAAACCUGCAGGUUUGGUCUGCUAGAACCAAAUGAAAGGCUUUUACUUUCCAUGAGUUUCCUGUCUCAAUGGGCACUAUGGUUAUCUGAGUGGUACCACCGGUACCACCGGUACCACACCGCUGAGUGGAAACCAGGUGGCAGCGAGGAGCUCAGGAGGCAGAUGGUCCGUUACUGUUUGGGUGGAACAAGAAGAAACAAAGUGGUGAAGGAACAAAGUAACCUGGACCGCCAGAACCUUCUGCUGGUCCGAUCUGAAGAUGAUCAGAACCAUCACGUCCCCAGUCACCUUGUUCACGGCUCGACCCGCUCCGGCUCUGAUUGUAGCAUGCCUCUUUACUAACCACAUUAUGCAAGUGAAACGUCGAACGUGCAGCUUCCCUCGGUGUGAACGCUCUGGGUCUGUUUGGAACUCUCUGCUGCUUGUAUGCUAACAUUAUGCUAACAUUAUGCUAACAUUAUGCUAACAUUAUGCUAACAUUGUGACUGUAACAGGAACACCUCCCAUCUGCUGGCACAAGACGUGUAAAUAGAGAAACUGUUGGAGUUUUUAUUUGAACAGAAAAGUUUUUUCAUCAGAUGUUUUUAUUUCUGGGGAAUGAAAAGUCCAGACGAAGCUUUUAGGAACCAAGAGUUGGAUUUCUCUGUAACUUUUUAGCUAGCCUGCUGUCUGUCAGUUAUCAUUUGGUAGGAUCUCAAAACAGUUUGGCCUUGAACUAGGCCAUUACUAAUUAGCUUUUGCUGUAAGUGUUGGUGCUAAUUGGCCCUGGCUCUGAUUGGUUGGUAACUUGCCCAGAGUCUAACCGGUUAGUCCUGGUUCUGGAACCAGAUGGAUAUGAAGCGACAGGCUGAGGAGCUGCAGGUCAGUGAAACUAAAAGUUGUUUCCUUACUGAACUAAAGGUCCAAACCUGCUGCUGGACUUUUCAUUUCUGUUGAUUGAUGCUGAAUCGAUUCUAUCUGGUUUAGUUGAAUCUGUAUUUUAAUAUUUCUAUCCGUUUUGUAUUUAAUCUCUUGUUUCCUGUUCAGCUUUCGGUUCCAGCAUGAAGCUUCAUCACCGAUGCCGUCUGAGUCUCUGCAUGCCUUAAACUAACGGAUGAAUGAGUGAAUGAUGCUGACGUCUUCACUCUGAUGACAUUUCAGGAGAAUAAAUCCUUCAGCCUCGUUCAUCAGAAACAG